AAUAGCUACCACAUCCUAGCGAAAAGGUGGCUAUGCACAUGGAACGGCGGGUAAGGGUGUUCGCAGGAGGCCAACGUGUCCAAUACAGCGGCGAAGUUGAACCAGGGGUGGCUGUGGUGUGGUGCAGGUGGUGGUGGUGGUGGUGACCCUGGGCUUGGCAGCAGACUCACCGCGGGCAUCUCAGCCGCUAAGCUGAUUCGAAGGGCCACCUGUCUUCCACAGUCUCCACGCCACAGGUUCCGCCCAAAUAAAAGCCCGCCUGCCAGCUCCUCUGCUACACCAUCUCCCCACUGCUUGUAGAGGAUCCUCGACCUCCACUUGCUUCCCUUUUACUCCAAUUGCAUCGUCACCUCGUGCAACAUGAAGUAUACCACCAUUUGCGCCGCCUUCUUCGCGGCUGUUGCUGCUGCCUCGGAUGUCAAGCAGCUCAACAAGGACACGUUCAAGACCUUUAUUGAGGAGAACGACCUCGUCCUCGCCGAGUUCUUCGCGCCCUGGUGCGGCCACUGCAAGGCCCUCGCCCCCGAGUACGAGACAGCUGCCACCACGCUGAAAGAGAAGGACAUUGCCCUUGUCAAGGUCGAUUGCACAGAGGAGACCGACCUGUGUCAGGAAUAUGGCGUCGAGGGUUACCCCACCCUCAAGGUCUUCCGUGGCCCUGAGAACGUCUCGCCCUAUGGCGGCCAGCGCAAGGCCGAUAGCUUGAUCUCCUACAUGACCAAGCAGGGCCUCCCUGCUGUCUCCGACGUCACCAAGGACACCCUCGCCGAGUUCAAGACGGCUGACAAGGUCGUCCUCGUCGCCUACUUCGCUGCGGAUGACAAGGCCUCCAACGAGACCUUCACUUCAGUCGCCAACGGCCUCCGUGACAACUACCUUUUUGGUGCGACCAACGACGCUGCCCUCGCCAAGGCCGAGGGUGUCAAGCAGCCCGGCCUGGUCCUCUACAAGUCUUUCGACGAUGGCAAGGACGUCUUCACCGAGAAGAAGUUCGAUGCGGACGCCAUCCGCGAGUUCGCAAAGGUCGCUGCUACCCCGCUUAUCGGCGAGGUUGGCCCUGAGACCUAUAGCGCAUACAUGAGCGCUGGCAUCCCUCUCGCCUAUAUCUUCGCUGAGACGCCCGAGGAGCGCGAAGAGUUUGCCAAGGAGCUCAAGCCCCUCGCCCUCAAGCACAAGGGCGCCAUCAACUUCGCAACCAUUGACGCCAAGUCCUUCGGCCAGCACGCUGGUAACCUCAACCUCAAGGUCGGCACCUGGCCCGCUUUCGCUAUCCAGCGCACGGACAAGAACGAGAAGUUCCCCUUUGACCAGGAGAACAAGAUCACCGAGAAGGCUAUCGGCACUUUUGUCGAGGAAUUCCUCGCUGGCAAGGUCGAGCCCAGCGUCAAGUCUGAGCCCAUCCCAGAGUCACAGGACGGCCCCGUCACCACCAUCGUCGCCAAGAACUACAACGACGUCGUCAUCAACAACGACAAGGACGUUCUCGUAGAGUUUUACGCCCCGUGGUGCGGUCACUGCAAGGCUCUUGCCCCCAAGUACGAGGAGCUCGGCCAGCUCUACGCUUCAGAGGAGUUCAGCAAGCUCGUUACCAUCGCCAAGGUUGACGCUACUGCUAAUGACGUACCCGAUGAAAUUCAGGGCUUUCCCACCAUCAAGCUCUUCCGCGCUGGAAAGAAGGACUCGCCUGUCGACUACUCCGGCUCGCGAACCGUUGAGGACCUCGUUACCUUCAUCAAGGAGAACGGCUCACACAAGGUCGCAGCCGUCUUCGAGGAGGCCGUUGAGGAGGCCACUGAGAAGCUCGCGGAGCAAGCCAAGGCUGCAACCGAGAAUGUCAAGGACGGCGCUGAGAAGGUUGCCGAGUCUGCCAAGUCAGGCGCUGAGAAGGCCACAGACUCUGUCAAGUCGGCUGCAUCAGAGGCCACUAAGAGCGCUAGCUCGGCUGCAUCAGAGGCAACCAAGGCUGCGAAGAGCGCAGUCGCCGAAGAGGAGCACGACGAGUUGUAGUCGUGUUGCUUUUGCUUUUGCUUCCUUACUUUGAUGGCGCUACGUGUACAAGUACCCUUCAGCAUUUGAACGCAUUCAUAUACUGUGGUAUAUGAAUAAAAGACUUAUGAGAUACAUGGAGGACAUGGGUUUCCUUUCUGGGAUGGUUUUGGGAUAGCGAAUAGUAGCGAAUAGCUCAAUGGAGUUCUGGUUCACUUCUUCACCAACUCUCGUCCUGAAACGGUGAUUGUGAUUACAUGUGAUGAUAUGUACUCGCUUGCAUAGCCGCGCCUACUAAUGUACUUGAAGAGGAAAUCCACUCAUCGCCUGGCACAUGGAGGUGGUUCGAGCGCAACUUCAGACUUGAGACGUUUCAUUCCACACAUCGACAACUUGAUGCUUGUCUUCACUUUACGUAGACGAGGUUCAACGAAUAAAGAUUUCCUGCAACUGGCACUGGCAAACAGCAAUUCCUCGCAUAAGAAAGUUGUCUGCCAG